AUGUCAAAGCGCAGAUUUCGCGAUAUGAACUCUUUGAGAGCCAGCGUUUUGCGAGAUACGCUGGAACCAAGAAAAUCUCCUGGGAUUGGCUACACUAGCAAAGUUCACAUCCGAGAGAAAUAUCAUAUCGUUGGGUUCAUCAGCAGUGGCACCUAUGGACGAGUUUAUAAGGCAAUCGGCAGAAAUAGUCAGAAGCGGGAGUUUGCGAUUAAAAAAUUCAAACCCGACAAGGAAGGAGAAAUCGUUCAAUAUACAGGCCUAUCUCAGUCAGCGAUUCGAGAAAUCGCACUAUGCUCUGAGUUAUCACAUGCAAAUGUUGUUCAUCUGGAGGAAAUAAUCCUCGAGGACAAGUGUAUCUUCAUGGUCUUUGAAUAUACGGAACACGAUCUCCUGCAAAUUAUCCACCACCACACACAAGCUCAACGACAUCCUAUACCCGCUCCCAUGAUAAAAUCGAUAUUAUUCCAACUUCUGAACGGCCUACUGUAUCUCCAUAGUAAUUGGGUUUUGCACCGAGAUCUCAAACCUGCAAAUAUUCUAGUUACAUCUACUGGUGCGGUUCGAAUCGGCGACCUCGGCCUCGCACGUCUCUUCUACAAACCUCUUAACUCUCUUUUCUCCGGCGAUAAAGUUGUCGUGACAAUUUGGUACCGAGCCCCUGAGUUGUUACUUGGAAGCCGACAUUAUACGCCUGCUAUCGACCUCUGGGCUGUGGGUUGUAUAUUUGCGGAAUUGCUUUCUCUCCGCCCCAUAUUUAAAGGGGAAGAAGCCAAGAUGGACAGCAAGAAAACGGUGCCAUUCCAGCGGAACCAAAUGCUUAAGAUCAUUGAAAUUUUGGGAGUACCAAAAAAGGAAACUUGGCCUGGUCUUACCGCCAUGCCAGAAUACGCGCAGUUUCAGACUCUAGUCUUAGCUCGAGGCGGAAGCCACGUGAACAAACCAUCCAAUUUGGAAGCCUGGUAUCAUGCAUGUGCAAAUGCCGCAGGAUACCCAUCAUCGCCGUCUGGGUCUCCUGGAAGGGAAGGAUUUGAUCUUCUUUCCCGCCUUCUAGAAUAUGAUCCCGAAAAGCGCCUAACCGCCGAAGAGGCGCUAAAACACCCAUAUUUCUCAAUCGGUUCUCCGGUAACCGCAAAUUGCUUUGAAGGAUUUGAAGGAAAAUAUCCGAACCGGCGAGUUAGCCAGGAAGACAACGAUAUUCGGACAAGCAGUUUGCCGGGUACGAAAAAGAGUGGGCUCCCAGAUGAUACCCUAACUUCCAGAGCGGCAAAGCGACAUAAAGAAGGAUAA